AUGCGAGUUUGCGAGUUGAGGGGAAUGAUCAAGAAGGCCGAGCAUAUAAGGGAAGUGCUCUCUGUUCAUCCCGCCGUAAAGAAGGAAAAAACUGAGAUAAAAGACAUCUUGACCUUUUCGAGCAAGGACAUGGAAAGAAUUCAAACACCUCACAAUGACGCCUUAGUUGUGACUCUUCGCGUUAAGGACUUCGACAUCAAAAGAAUAUUGAUCAACCAGGGGAGUUCGGUCGAGAUCAUGUACUACGAUGCAUUCAAGCAAAUGAAGUCGAAAGACAAAGACUUGGCUCCAGCGACGUCUCCUCUGGUCGGCUUCAACUCUCAACCAGAAUGGCUGAUCGAGAAGAUCAUAUUGCCGGUUAAGGCUAGGUCAGUCACAAAGCAAGUGGAGUUUUGGGUGCUGAAGGUCCCAUCGAUCUACAACCUGAUCUCAGGGAGCUAUACAAGCAGUAGCGUCGACUUAUCACCAGGUCAUGCGCUUUCCUACUUCAGCUGGGCAAAUCGAAGAGGUUUGGGGGGACCAAGUGAUGGCAAAGUAAUGCUUCAUCGUUGUAAAUG